ACCUCAACGAAGAAAGAAUUGCCAUAAAGAACGAGGAUUUUCUUUGGGAAUGUUCUGAGUAUAGAGAACAUUCUGUACGGAAGAUUAGCAUGGAAAAACGUAACAUAACAGAAUGUACAAUUAUUCACAGUAAAUUUGAGGUCAGAACUUCAGCUUUUAGUGUAAAUUAAAUUGUCAAGACGAGAUAUCGCAUGGACUUAUGUAUACAUGUCCCAAAUAUCCGUACAAGAUAAACAGAAAGGACAGCCUGAAUAAACACAUCAAACGGAUACAGGGGAUUACCUACGAUUACGACUGAUAUAUGUGCGUCAAUAAUUUUAAAACGAUUUACGAUUUGAAGCGGACCAGGUUGCAGACCAUACUGACCGGCAGGUGGUACAUUGUGGCGAGGGAGUUUACGUCAGAAAAAGCCAAAAUGUACUGUAUAACCAUAAAAGAAGAAAACAUUUCAAGUCAGAAUCCUUCUGCAAGAUAUGUAAACAUUAUUUUACAACAAAAGAAAAUCUCAAGCGGCAUAUCCAGGGGCACAAAAAUAAAUGCUGUACCGUCUACAGAAAACGUUAACAAGAAAAGAUAAUUUAGAGGAGCACAUGAGGACUCGUACGGUUGAAAAAUAAUACUUCCGUGGUAUUUUCGUGACUUUGCCUCUGCACUAAUGAUACACAAUGAUACCUAGUACUUCUCAAGAAUCGGCACAGAACGUAUCGUCUUCAAAAAAUAGUAAUUCUUCAGUUACGGAUCGUCCGGAAACCCAGAAUGUCAAGUCAAAAAUAAUGGCCUCGAUGGAGCAUGAGUACCCUUGGUCGUGCUCUGUAUGCGGCAAACCUUUCUGGCACAAGAUCUCCUUUUUGAAACACAGGACCUUGAAUGAAUGCCUGAUAUGCAAAAUUUGCCACAUGAAGUUUGACCUGCCAGAAGAAUUAUAUCGUCACAAUGAGACGUGUCGUAGCCCAGAGUAUCCCCACAGCAAGUGUUCCUUUGGUGCAGAUACAUUGAUGAGUUUGAGUGAACACAUGAAAGCGGUACACAAUACUAUCGACGUUUUACCGAUAUCUUGUGACAUAUGCUCAAAGAAAUUUUUAAGGCGGUAUCAUUUGAAGAGACAUAAGGAAACAGUUCAUGUGGACACGUUGAGAAAAUGUCCUGCAUGCCGCAGAAAUUUCAAAAACAAGGUUCUCCUCGAGAAACACAUAAGCUUGAAUAAUUGCCUGCAAUGCCAAAUUUGCGACCAGAAGUUUGACGUGUUAGAAAAAUUUAUUCGUCACUAUAAAAUGUGUACUAAAACUGAGUAUACCUGUCGCGAGUGUUCUUACAAGACACGUUCAAAGAACUGUUUUAUUACACACAUUAAAUCAGUACACAAUGCUAUCGACGUUUUACCGAUAUUUUGUGACAUAUGCUUAAAGAAUUUUACGAGGCAGCCACAUCUGAAGAGACAUAAGGAAUCCGUUCAUGUGGAUAACACACAAUCGUUUAAAUGUGAUUGCAUCUUGAAGAACAAACGUACCCUACAGAUGCACUUAAGAAUACACACAAAGGCGAACACUUUGAUGAAAUGUUCUGCAUGCCGCAGAAAUUUCAAAAACAAGGUUCUUUUCGAGAAACACAUAAGCUUGAAUAAUUGCCUGCAAUGUCAAAUUUGCGACCAGAAGUUUGACGUGUUAGAAAAAUUUAUUCGUCACUCUAAAAUGUGUACUAAAACUGAGUAUACCUGUCGCGAGUGUUCUUACAAGACAGAUACAAAGAACUGUUUGAUUAAACAUAUGAAAUCAGUACACAAUGCUAUUGACGUUUUACCGAUAUUUUGUGACAUAUGCAUCAUGAGUUUUGAGAGGCAGAAAAGUCUUAAGAGACAUCAAGAAACAGUUCAUGCGGAAAACAUACAAUCGUUAAAAUGUGACAAGUGUGGUCUCACCUUGAAGAACAAAUAUACCCUUCAGAAUCACUUAAAAAAACACACGUCAGAGGUGGACACGUUGAUGAAAUGUCCUACAUGCGGCAAAAUUUUCAAAUACAAAGUUUCUUACGUGAAACACAUAAGUUUGAAUAAUUGCCUGCAAUGCAAAAUUUGCGACCAGUAGUUUAACGUGUUAGAAGAAUUUAAUCGUCACGAUUGGACGUGUCAUAGACGUCUGACGUGCCGCAAGUGUUCCUUCAAGGCAAGUAUAUUGAAGGAUAUGAGUGAACACGUGAAAUCGGUACACGAUUUGCCACCAGAAGUUUGACUUGCUAGAAGAAAUAUAUCGUCACGAUAAGACGUGUCGUAUAUCAGAGUAUAUCUGCCACGAGUGUUCCUAGAAGAUAACUACAGAGGAUUGUUUGAUUGAACACAUAACAUGGAAACUACCGCCCCUAUGUUUUAUGAUAUAAAAAUCGCAGAGCAUUCUUAAGAAAAAUAAGGAAACCGUUCACGCUAACACACAGUCAAUAAGAAGCGAUAAGUACGAUAGUGUCUUCAAGCACAAAUAUAACUGAAACAAACAUUAGCACAAAGUACAUUUACAGGAAAAUUUUUUUCUGCAGAACUUGUAAUAAGAUCUUCUAAACGCACGAUGACUGGACCGACAUAGUGCCGAGUAUCAGAGUUGAACUUGUCCGUAUUGCAAGAAGAUAUUACCAUUCACUAGUAAAGAGUCACACUUGCGGCAUGAUAUACGAAUGAGAGACCUUUUUUCUGCGACGUUUACGACAACACGUAUAUUUCGAAGGGUAAUUUGUACAACUAUGUAAUAAAACAUUAUUCUGUUUCCUGAAUCGUUGGCUAUAUUCAAGGAAAGUAUCGUUUCCCUCGGCUCGUGAGUCAAAAGAAAGCAAUUAUUUAGAUCACUCAAAAGAAUGGGCAGAAGGAGAGAAAUAAUAUAUUUGCAGCUCUCUUUACGUUGCACUUUCGUGACGAAGUAUCUUUCUACGAAUGUUACUAUUGAAUUUUGUAUUAAUUUUAAUUAUUUACGCUGUUUUUAUAGAUUUUUAGUAGAUUAAGUGACACUCUACACGCAAAAUAAUAAACGCGGUACUUAAGAAAGAAAUAGAGCAUGACUUUACGACGAAUUAUAUAUUAUGUAUUACGUAAUUAUAUUUUAUAUAUAUAUAUAUAUAUAUAUAUAUAUAUAUAUAUAUAUAU